CUCCAUAUUUAAGUGGCAGCUCGGAGCAACAGGUGCUUCCCUCACCUCGUCGACACCUGCACAAAGGAAUUAUCCGCUUUUCUCCCGGUUUUUUGAAGACCACUUCGGCUGGACGUUAGCUGGGUGACCUUAUUUUGAACAUAGCUGUGAAAACGUGGACUAAUUUGAAGUUUUUUUAAAAACUUUUUAAGCUUUUCUGAGAUUCAUCAGCCAAAGCUCUUCAAGCUCAGAAGGUUCUGCUGGUUCUUUUUGAACAUCUCCAGCUUGUAAGAAGAAUUUUAGAAGAACAGGACUUUCCAGGUGUAAAAUGGCUAAUAAAGGGCUGCAGCUUUUGGGCUACGUCCUCGCCCUGGUGGGUCUGAUUGGGCUCCUGGCCGGCACAAUCAUGCCCCAGUGGAAGAUGUCCGCCUACGUGGGGGACAACAUCAUCACGGCCGUGGCGAUAUACCAGGGGCUAUGGAUGUCCUGCGCCUUCCAGAGUACGGGCCAGAUGCAGUGCAAGAUCUACGACUCCAUGCUGCAGCUGGACAGUGCUCUCCAGGCCACACGGGCGCUGAUGGUUGUGUCCAUCAUCCUGACCGUGAUGGGACUGGGCGUGGCCUCCAUGGGAAUGAAGUGCACAAACUGCGGAGGUGAUGAUAAAGUGAAAAGGUCCCGCAUCGCCAUGACUGGAGGAAUCAUUCUCCUUGUUGGAGCUCUCUGUGCCAUGGUCGCCUGCGGAUGGUUCUCCUCCCAGAUCAUUCAGGACUUCUACAACCCCUUCACUCCUGUGAAUACAAAGUACGAGUUCGGAUCGGCCAUUUUCAUCGCCUGGGCCGGCACCUUCCUGGUGGUAAUGGGCGGAGCCAUGCUGGCAGCGUCCUGCUCGAAGAGCCAAUCCAGCUCCAAAUACCCCGCGACCAAGUCCCGGCCGCCCAGCAGCUCCAGGGAGUACGUGUGAACGCCACCUGCUGGCCAGCUUUAAGGAGAUCACGAACUGCAGGGUGGUGAUGGUGGAACGUUUUUUCUGUACUGCUGAUCUGAGACUAGAUUUAUAUAUGGUUUUUACACUGACUGUGGUCUCAGAUCAGCGGUCGGGGUCAACGUCUACCAAGAAAUUGAGCCAUGUCCCUGAGUUUUUUUUUAAACUAUAAUCAUUACUUCCAUUUUUAAGGUGCCUUUUACCCUAUUUUUUUAGUUUUCAUUUACCAAAAGCCCUUCAUAACUAACAUAGCAGGAGAGGCCAAAGUAAGAGCCUCAUGGUUUGACACUGAUUGACCAUUUUCUCUCUGAAGUGUAGUAGAACAGAAGAGCCUGUGACACUCAGGGAAAACCGUUUGUGUGUUCUAGCUCAUUUCGUCAUAGUUAAAGCCAGAGUAAAGUCUCUCCUUCCCUGCAUUUCCCCUCUGAAUACCUUGAGAGGCCAAACGCUAAGACUGAAAGCAAAAGAGGGCAACUAAAAAUAUACUGCAGCUUAUAAAAAGAUCAAAAAUGACAUUGUGACAAGUGUAAACAUCUAACGUGUCUGCAAUAUAUCUAAUAUCAGGUAUAAGGACACCAAUAUAAGACUCUUAUCAUAAUUAUAACCAAUUUCUAGACAUUUUAUUUAUCACACUCGUAGAUACCUUGGCCAACUUUUUAGGAUUAUUGUGCCUGAUUUGAUGUAAAAUAAGUAAAAACAUCCAGAAAUUGGUUAUAAUUUCUUAUAAUAGUCUUAUAAUAGUCUUGUAAACAGAAAUUUAGCUAUAUUGCCUUCAUUCAAGAUGCAAAGACCUCAUUUUUUGCUGAGUUUUUGAAGCCUGCUGUGCGAGAAGCAGCUCACAGCUUUCAGCUUUUCCUUCUUAUAAAUGAUGAAGUUUGUGAAGUUUGUAGUUUCCCCACCUUCUAGAACAAAGACCUGCUUAUUUGCCGUCUAAGGCCGUGCCCUCCUGGGCCUGCUUUAGCCUCUGAAUAGUGACUCAUCUUUUUUGUAAACUGUGCCCUUUUCUUUACCUGUUCUGCUGUGCAAACCUGGCGGACGACUUUUUUUUUUUUUAUGUAUUUUUGAACUCUGAUAGCGCUUCAUCAUCGAGCUGUUAUAAAACCUCUUCUGUUUCCUUUCUUCACGACAAAUAUUUGUAGAUAUUUCUCACAGUUUGUCAUUCUAUCCCUGCCAUGUCUUACACAAAGCCUCUUUUUAAAUAUGUUACGCAAAUUAAUUUUAUGUAAAUAAACAUGAAAAUGAA